UCUAAUGUAUUUUCCAUGCCUGAUUUCAUAGAAUUUUCUUUCCAGAUUGCAGUAUGUCACCUUGCAGGACACCCAACUCAGCAGCACCUUGUGGCAGCUGGAGGAGAAGAUGGAGCUAUGGCCAUAUGGGACAUGAGGAAUAUAGCUCAGCCUAUCACUCUCAUUUCUGCACACAAUGGACCAAGUUAUUGCUUGCUUUCUUCUCUCAUUCUGUUUAUUAUUUUCCAGUUACUGAGUACGGUUCCACCAGCAGCACCAGAUCAUUUGUUUACAUGUGGUUUAGAUGGUCAACUUUUGCAUUGGGAUGCUUCUGCCUCUGCACGGCCUACAUCUGUGUCUUUCAAGGGAUCUCGUGAGCCUGCAGGAGCAAGUAUCACAGUCUGGCUAAGCAGCGAUGUUGCCCGGGGAGCCAUUGAUACUACAUGUAUAAUUCCACAGUCGUCCUUACCCAUCAACUCGCUGGACAUUGAGGGGCCAACACUGCUUGCUGGUUCAGACAACGAGUCCAUUUAUACAGUCAGAAAUGUGUUGCUUUAUUAAAGUUUCUUGUUAACAUUUACUUGAAAAUUAUGUUCAUAAAGAUUGUUUCUUUGAAACUGAAUAUUACUUAUGUAUUGAAAGUUUUAA